CAGAGAAUCAACUGGCAUACGUUAUAGACGUUGGUAGAUCCAGCAUGAAAUUCGCAACUCUAUUUGUACUUGGGCUGCUGCUAGCCACGGCCCUGCUCUGCGAGGGCCAGAGCCAAGCUGGCAAGACCAAGACCAAGUCCAAGUCAAAGAACAAGACAAAGCCCACCGUCGCCCCGCAGGUGGAGAAACAGCUGCUGCUGAAAGCUGAGCCGUGCUCGGCAGCCAAAUGCAAAUUGCCCGACUGCCGUUGCUCAGAUGCGACAUUGCCGAAACCCAAAUUCAAGGGCAAGGAGCAAGAGAUUCCCCAGUUUGUUACCAUCACCUUUGACGACGCAGUGAAUGCUGUGAACUACGCCCAAUAUGAGCUGCUCUUCAGUGGUCUGGUCAAUCCCGAUGGCUGCGCCGCGACGGGCACCUUCUUCGUGUCGCACGAGUACACGGACUACGUGCGCGUGAAUGCCCUGUACAAUGCGGGUCACGAGAUAGCCCUGCACUCGGUGACCCACGGCGACGGCACCGACUAUUGGCGCGAGGCGGAUGUGGAGACGAUUGAGCGCGAGUUUGGGGCGCAGCUGCAGAUGCUGGAGGCGUUCGCCAAGGUGGAUCCAAAGAGGGUGCACGGCGUGCGUCUGCCCUUCCUGCAGAUCUCUGGCAACAACAGCUUUGAGGCGAUCAAGAAUCUGGGCCUGACCUACGACAGCUCCUGGCCGACGCAGCAGCACAAGAAUCCAGCCAUGUGGCCCUACACACUGGACUUUCUGUCCACACAGGACUGCCAGAUCGGCCCGUGCCCAGAUGCGGCGCUGCCCGGCGUUUGGGUCAACCCCAUGGUCACGUGGACGGACACCGAGGGCUACAGCUGCUCGAUGAUCGACGCCUGCGCCUUUCCGCCCGCGGACGAUGUGGACGCCCUGUUCGAGUGGAUGCUGGAGAACUUCAAUCGCCACUACAAGGGCAACCGGGCGCCAUUCGGCAUGUAUCUGCAUGCAGCUUGGUUUUCACGCGGCCGCAACUACUUUGCCGCCUUCAAGAAGUUCAUGCAGCACUUGACCACCUAUCCGGACGUGUACAUGACGAGCGUGUCCCGCAUGCUGGAGUACGUGAGGAAGCCAGUGCUCGGACGGCCCUUCAAGAGCUGCGAGAAGACGCCCAAAACCACUUGCCAGGCCGUGCACUGCAACGUCCAGAAGACCUCCACCGCCGAGACGCGCUACAUGAGCGUCUGCGACAAGUGCCCCACUGUCUAUCCCUGGCUAAACAAUCCGCUGGGCCGGGACAUGUAAAUGUUGCACACCCAAUAAACACCGCAUGCUAUAAUGAA